UCUUGACUUGUUUCUCAAGGAAAGUGGUUCCGAGAAGCAGAGAAGGAAGAGCGUUCAUGGCGUCCCAGGCCUAUCGCUUGAGCUCUGAGCUCCGAGGCCACGAAGACGAUGUUCGUGGCAUCUGUGUUUGCGGCGGUGCGGGGAUUGCCACCUCGUCUAGGGAUCGGACGGUGAGGUUUUGGGCGCCGGAUCCCGAGAAGAAGCAGCGGUACUCGCUGUCGAAGACUUUUGUGGGGCACUCGAGUUUCGUCGGUCCGUUGGCGUGGAUUCCUCCAGGAGAACGCUUUCCUGAGGGUGGGAUCGUGUCCGGGGGGAUGGACGCUCUUGUGUUGCUUUGGGAUUUGAGGACAAUGGAGGCGGUGGAGACAAUGCGGGGGCACCAGAUGCAGGUCACAGGCGUUGCUGUUGAUGCGGUUGGGGAUAUUAUUUCGUCCUCUGUUGAUUGUUCAAUAAGACGGUGGAGGAAAGGCCAUAUGGUUGAUACAUGGGAGGCUCAUAAGUUACCAAUUCAGACUGUGGUGACACUUCCUUCCGGCGAGAUUAUUACUGGUUCGAGUGAUGCUUCAAUUAAGCUUUGGAAGGGAAAGACUUGCCAGCAUACUUUUCUUGGGCACACAGACACCGUUCGAGGUUUGACCCUAAUGCCUGGACUUGGUAUUCUUUCAGCAUCACAUGAUUGCUCAAUUAGGUUAUGGGCAUUAACCGGUCAGCUCUUGAUGGAAAUGGUUGGUCAUACCUCACUUGUGUACUCUGUGGAUGCACAUAUCUCCGGUCUUGUUGCCAGUGGGAGUGAAGAUUGUUCCCUUAAAAUAUGGAAAGAUGGAUUAUGUAUACAAAGCAUUGAGCAUCCUGGGUGUGUUUGGGAUGCCAAGUUCUUGGAAAAUGGAGACAUUGUAACAGCCUGCUCUGAUGGAGUAAUACGGAUUUGGACCUUACACGCUGACCUAGUUGCGGAGUCCAAUGCACUUGAAUCAUAUGAAAUCGAACUCUCUCAAUACAAGAGUAGUAGGAAAAAAGUUGGCGGACUAAAGCUGGCAGACCUUCCUGGCUUGGAGGGCUUGCAGAUUCCUGGAACUAGUGACGGGCAGACUAAAGUUAUUAGGGAAGGUGAUAAUGGUGUCGCAUACUCAUGGAAUUCCCGGGAUCAUCAGUGGGAAAAAAUUGGUGAAGUUGUAGAUGGACCUGGAGACAACACAGGGAAUCGUGUUUUUGAUGGUGUCCAAUAUGACUACGUUUUUGAUGUUGACAUUGGAGAUGGAGAGCCUACCCGCAAGCUACCAUACAACAAGGGAGAUAACCCAUACACUGCUGCUGACAAGUGGCUUCUCAAAGAAAAUCUACCACUUUCAUAUCGGCAACAAGUAGUGGAAUUCAUACUUCAAAAUUCUGGGCAGAGUAAUUUUUCGCUUGAUACUUCAUUUCGGGAUCCUUACACUGGCUCUAGUGCUUAUGUACCUGGUCAGCCAUCCAUGUCAGUAGGUAGUGCAGCAAAGCCUACUUUCAAGCAUGUCCCUAAGAAAGGGAUGCUUUUCUUUGACAGUGCUCAAUUUGAUGGGAUUUUAAAGAAGAUAGGGGAAUUCAACACAAACUUACUAUCUGACAUGGAGAACAAGUCACUGUCUCUAACAGAGAUUGAGUUAUCACGAUUGUCUGCCAUUGCGAAAGUAUUAAAAGAUACGUCGCACUAUCAUUGCAGCACAUUUGCCGCUGCCGACAUCGACUUAUUAUCAAAAAUUUUGAGAUCAUGGCCGAUUGCUAUGAUGUUUCCGGUGAUUGAUGUCUUAAGGAUAUUUAUCAUGCAUCCUGAUGGUGCUAGUUUACUUCAUAAGCGCAUCGAGUCCGGAGAUGAUGUAUUACUGGAGUUAUUUAAGAGAGGCAUGACUUCACCCAUACAAGCAGGAAAUCUUUUAACCAUUAUUCGAGCAACUACAAAUCUCUUCAAGCAUUCGUGUUUCUCACAGUGGUUACAACGACAUUGCAGUGAGAUCCUUGAUGCAUUAUCGGGUUGUCGGUCAUCAUUUAACAAGAAUGCAAAUCUAUCUUACUCUACCCUAAUAGUCAAUUAUGCGGUGCUACUAAUUAACCAGAAAGACCAAGAGGGUCAAGCUCAAAUUUUAUCAGCUGCUCUUGAGAUUGCUGAGGAUGAAAAUCAAGACACUGAUUCAAGAUUCCGAGCUCUGGUUGCAAUUGGAUCAUUGAUGCUUGAUGGUCUGGUGAAAUCCAUUGCAAUUGACUUCGAUGUUCAAAGUAUCGCGAAAUCUGCAAAAACCUCAAAAGAUACAAGGAUUGCUGAAGUCGCGGCCGAUAUUGACCUCAUCAUCAAAGCUACUUAACCGUAAUCCAUUGUAACAUUAACUUACAGUUUGCUCUUAUUUAAAAGAAAUAAUUGUCAAGAGGACAUUUGGUUUUCAUCCAUUUUGGAUUUUAAUUCUUUCAGUCACUUACAUGCUCCAAGUUUUAUUUUAUUUUUUAUUUUUUA